AUGAGGCGGUUGCCCCAUGAAUAUUUGAUUAUUUGGGGGCCCAUAAAAUUGGGAACCGUCCCUCUUUGCAAGGGCCCACUGUCCAGCCGCCCACGCCCUCCCCCUCUGCAAACCUGGCUCGCCCCUGCCCUUCUCCAUCUCUCGCUUUCGCUCGCUGCCCUGCCCAGCCUCUCUGUCGCUCCGUCACUCCUGGCUUCGCCCUCGCUCUCGCCUCUCGCUGCUCGCCUGCGACGUCCCUGCUCCGUCGACCGUCGCUCGCUGCCUCUCUCCCGCUCCAUCGAUCGCCCUCGCCGGCUCGCCUCGCCCUCGUUGCCGGUGGCUCGCUCUCCGUCGCUCGCUGCCUCUCUCUCGCCCUCGCCGGCUCGCCGUCGUGGAGGGUGGCUCGCUGCUCUUGCCGUCUUGCGUCUUGCGUCUUGCCUCUUGCCUCUUGCUCCGUCGCUCGCUGUCGGCCCGCCACUAUAUGGUAAUUUUUUCACGACCAUAAUCACAAUAUGCGAACUAGAGGUUAUCCGAAGUCGUCAAAGAACCUGGAUUCUAGCACUGGUAAAGCCGAGAUGGCCAACAAAGCAUGGUUUUUGAAUCAUUGCUAGCCAUAUGAAACUUGUUGGUGCUAAGCAAGAAGAGUUUGGAUUGAGUUUUCGUUAUGAGAAUGUAGUUGUUCUAUUUGGCUUCAUUUUGGCAUUUUUGCAAACACUUGGUGCUCAGAACAUGUAUAUCAGUCAUAGCAGUUUUAUCCGUUCUAUUUGUUGAUAAUGAAGAAGGUCAAGUUGGAAAUUCAA